AUGAAAGGGUACCAUGUCAGCCGUAGCCUGUCCCAGCACUCCAGCGGCGGCCCAUGUGACUGCGAUGGCCCUGGCAGAGAGUACUACCAGGGCCACAGUGAUGGACACUACUAUGGAGCCGAGGCUCUGGCCUUGGAGAGGCACCACUCUCACUCCCACUCUCACAGCCACUCCGGAGGGGGUACUUUCCCUCGUGCUCACCCCAGCCAGCACACACCCAUGCAAUCCUUCGACUCCUGUGAAGAGUGCCUGUCCUCGGGUCAUGGGGGCAAGAUGCAUCGAAUCCCUCCAAACCUGAUGGACCAGUUUGAGAAGCAGGUACCCUUCCAUCCAGAUGGCUUUCACACACUGCAGUACCAGCGCUCAGUUAGUGGGGGCGCUGAGCAGCGCAGUGAGAGCCCAUCACGCAUUCGCCACCUGGUUAACUCUGUGCAGCGUCUCUUUGCUAAGUCACAUUCUCUAGAGGCACCAUCUAAACGGGAGUACAACGGCAUGAGAGGAGGAGGGGACUACCGCAGUGAGAGAGGAGGGGGACAUCGGAGUGGAGGGGAGGAUGGGGGAGGACACUACUCGGGACAUCAGUCUCGCUCCACUAGGAGGAACAAGUCCAGAGAGCGCAGCAAGAGCGGAGACUCCAGACACGAGUCGGGCCGGCGCCACCGCAGUCGGACCGCAGGCUGGUGGAGCUCAGAUGAUAACCUGGACAGUGACAGUGGGAUUCUGGGGGACAGCAGGCGCAGAUAUCCUCCAGGACAUGAGAGUUUGGAUGCUGCCAUACAGGAGCUCACUAUGAAGAAGUCUAAGGAACGAGGAGGGGGCCCAGGGCAUGGGGAGUGCAUGGCCUGCACCACCAUCGCUCUGGCAGGAGGGGAAGGCCAUCACGGUCACCACGGACACUCCUUGAAGAGGAGCACGUGGUCGGCCAUGACUGUCAGUCAGGCCAGAGAGGUGUACCCCUCCUCCAGGGGAGGGGCCUAUGACAAAGCCCUGGUGCCAAUAGAUAGCAAGAUGAAGGAGAGGAGCUUCCACUACCUCCAGGUGCCAUCAGAAGACUGGGGUGGGGGAUACUCAGGAGGAGGGGGGAAUGACAGCGGGGGUGAGAUCCCAUGUCGGCGCAUGAGGAGCGGGAGUUAUAUCAAAGCCAUGGGUGACGACGACUCUGCUGAUUCAGAUGCCAGCCCUAAAGCCUCACCGAAGUCCACCCUGAUCGCCCAACGGGAGGCUUUCAGACGCUCUGUCAGCAUGGAUCAAAGGUAUUCAUGUAAACAGUGCACAGACUCGUACCCUAACAGCAGGACAGCCUCUAAAAGCCACGCCCGCUCUCGGAGUUACACCCGUUCCCUCACCAGUGCCCAGCUGGGGGACACACUAAACCGUCAGUUUGAGGCAGUGUGUGAAACCAUGUUUGGGGAGGUGGAGUCCCAAGCUGUGGAGGCUCUGGACUUGCCUGGGGUGUUUCGCACUCGCAGCCACAGCUACGUACGGGCUAUCCAGGCUGGUUGUUCCCAAGAUGAUGACUGUCUCUCCGUCUUCUCCAUGUCCGCUCCACAGGGAAGCAUCAAGAGUGGGGCAGUCUUUCCUUAUUGUAAAGGUGCACCUCCUCCACUCCCUCCUCGCAUGUCCAAGUCUUCACUGUCCGUGCGGGCGCAGAGCAGCACUGAAUCCACCCAGGACGCCUACUUCCAGAGCACCGCGGGACGAGCCAAACAGCACAGUAACUCUGUGGACCUGGGCAGUUCAGAUGGCAUUACUGCACGCUCCUCUAGGGGGGGCUACUACACCUCCACUGGGCCAGGUCGCUCCAGGCAGCACAGUAACUCAGCAGAGAGCCUUGAUGGAGUCCGAGGCUCCAGAGAAAUUGUCCCAUAUGGAGGGGGGCCGGGGGUGGGGGUAAGGGCCAAACACAGUAGCUCUGCGGACAGCCUUCUGGAGGGGCCACCCAGACCAGUUAGGGAUGGCAGGGCCGGGGGGAGCCUGGGGAAGUCCAGCUCCCUGCCCCAGAGCAGCAUGGUGCUCAGCAAAGUGGUGACUGAAGAGGGGCGCGUGGCACGCAAGUGGAGGCCAUCUAUAGCUGUGCAGGUGGAUAGCUCUGAGACCCUCUCCGACUCCGACGCAGAAGGAAAAGCCCUCACUGAGGUCCACUCAAUAGGAGUGCAAGUGGAAGAGGAUAAACGGCGGGCACGUUUCAAGCGCUCCAACAGUGUGACAGCGAGUGUGCAGGCCGACCUGGACCCCGAGGGCUUCUCGGGGCUCAGCAUCGCCGUGCCAACGCAGGAUAAAAGUCUCCAGUUCGGCUGCUCUUUCCAAAGGCACUCAUCUGAGCCCGAGUCAUCCAGCCAGUUCACUGAAUGCCACCGCACUGUGCACACGCAGGGACAGUGGGCCUACAGAGAGGACUUUAUCCAAAGCGGCUAUACCACGGAGGCCUGUCCAACCAACAGUAGACCUCACCAGCACCCACACUUGCCUCCCCGUUCACAUUCUCCCCUCCCCAUAACGUCUGAGCGCGCCUGGGCCGGGACUCCUUCUCUAGAAGGGCCCCGGAGCCUCCCAGACUCAGGCCGUGCCUCUCCCUGCAUGAGGGAUGGAGAGUUCUUCUUACGCCUGUUGCAGACUGAGGUAGAGAGGAUGGAGGGAUGGUGCUCCAACAUGGAGAGAGAGGCGGAGGAGAAUGAACUGCCCGAAGAGGCUCUGGAGCUGAUUCGCAACGCUAUUGGCAGCACCCAGAUGCUCAUGAAUCAGAAAGUGCAGCAGUUCUUCCGACUGUGCCAACAGAGUGUGGACCCCUCGGCGUACCCCCAGCCUACCUCUCAGGAUCUGGCCAGCUUCUGGGACCUGCUGCAGAUCAACAUCGAGGACAUCAGGGUCAAGUUCCAGGACCUCCAGAGGCUGAAGGACUCGGGCUGGAGGCUUCCACCUGAAAAGAAGGAGGACAAGAAGCCUCCUCCUCCCUUACCAAAGAAGCCAGCGGGGGGCGUGAGUGGCAGCUUGCGGGCUGACAGCGUUGGUGAUGGCGGUGGAGUUGGAGGGGGGUCUGGUGGUCUGGUGGUGCCCCGCGUGGGAGGACACACUCUGCCCAUGAGGGAGAAGUCUCUGGAGCUGGGGGACCGCAGCCGGACUGAGGCACGUAGGAGGCUGCUGCAGACCAAGCGCACUGCGUCCUUCAGGCAGAACUCAGCCACGGAGAGCGCCAGUGACAGCAUUGAGAUCUACAUCCCCGAGGCCCAGACACGUCUUUGA